AUGUCGGCGACAUUAUUCUACAUCUUUGACCGCAAAAAGAACGCCCAAUUCCGCGAGGCGUGUAAGCGCGAUCCCUACCUCACGCGGAAAGAAUUCGCGCGCCGGCGCAAGCUCAGCGCCCUGGAGAGGCUCGAAGAGGAGGAGCUGCAGCGGAGCAUCAUGAUUCGCAAGUCGCUUGCGAGUCGAGCAGCACCACCGCCGCCACCACCACCACCACCAGAUGACAACAAGUACGAUGGAUAUGCCGGAGCCCCCGAGGGGAAGGCAGCAGAUGAGGGAGCAUCAGGAGGAAUUACAUCACGGCCGACAAAUGUCUGGGGAGUGGGCGCCUAG